AUGCGGGCCAAACGGCCCGUCGCGGCUCGAGGACUUCUUCCCAGUGCAGGAGGUGGUAGGCGAGGGCGCCGAGGCCAGCAGCCUGACGCAGGUUCCGGCCAGUGUGGGCUUAAGCAGGUGGUCCUGGAAGGCCUGGAUAUUGCAGAUUUCCGUAAGACUGUGAAGACCAAGAUCUUCCUGGGCUACACGUCCAACCUCAUCUCUAGUGACCUGCGCGAGACACUGCGCUUCCUAGCGCAACAUAAGAUGGUGGAUGUGAUCGUGUCGUCGGCUGGUAGUUUCGAAGAGGUUUUCAUCAAGUGUCUGGGUCCUACAUACAUCGGAGACUUCUCUUAA